AUGGCUUCCACCACGGGCACUGACGGUGCAGAGGACGUCAAUGAUUUCCUGCUCCGCAUUCGGGAACUAGGAGAGAAACGCGACAAGGAAGAUGAGGAACGAACGAAGAAGUUGGAGGAGGAGAUUCUGCAGGGUCGGAAGGAGAGACAGGCUCGGAGAGCUGAGCGGGCACGAUCGAUUUCCCCCACAAAAGACUCCCCUGUCUUAGAUGCCGCUCGGUUAAGCACAUCUUCCCUCAGCCAGCGAGCGAUCGAUCCCCCAGAGCACCUCGAGCCCACGUCCUUCACCUCAGAACACGACAUUAGCGCCAAACCCGACCUGGCUCGGGAUGAUGAGUCAACAGUGCCAACAGAGGAUGGGGGUUUAGGGAAGCCAUCAAAAAUGGACGAAAUCGAAACAGCAUCAUCCCCGAAAGCUGCUCCAAGUUCAGUAGCACGGAGUAGAAGCGGGACUCUGUCCUGGCAACAGCGCCCUUCUUCCCGAGACUUUAACCGGCAUUCCUUCAUGUCGACAUCCCCUACCCGCCAGAAUCGGCUGAGAGCCAUCUCGAGCCUGUCGAAUCGCGACCAGGAGCCGUCUAGGAUUCCUACUGCGCCCUCGUCUCCGUCCAAAGAUGUUUUUGUGUUUCCCCAGACUCCAGAAAGAGGACUUGGCUCACCAAUACUCCGGAAAAACAUCGAGGAAGACACUUCAGAGGCUACACCGAAUAUCAAUGAUCAACGAACACCGGAAGGGAAACGAGAAGGAAAUACAGAGCUAGACAAACAAAUUGGGCAGCAAGAUGCAGAUGAACGGUCGCGCUCCCCGUCAAGGGCGAGCUCGACAUUUGCAGAGAGUAGUUUGGGCCAGCGUUACUCGAGUGUCUCUUCCGUUUCGACGGCUGCAGGACUUGGCUCUCCUGCCCCUCUGGCAAAUGCUCCAAAACUUGAGCCCCGAACAACAGAGCCCAGUUCGGAGGAACAAAUCCCAACAUCCCCAUCGCAAAGGCGGCGCUCUCCAGAGCGACCAUCGUCACCAACAAAGGGACUAGGUGGGUUUGUUCAGAGUGCUAUGAUGAAGCGGUCAGACAGUGUUUCGAAACGAUGGAGUGCUCAGAUUCCUCAGGGGCUCAGCCGAGGAAAUUCUUUUGCUAGCAAUCGCAACAGCAUUGCUGGGUUUCCCCAAGGCGAUUCACUCUCAGCCUCACCACCUAAGUUAGGGCGUGAAGCUCCGUCUUUCCCACUCCACCGACCUAGCUCGAGUCACAGCGAGGCCACAGUUGUUCACAAUGCCAAAGCAAAUGAAAGACCGGCGACUCCACCUGUUCCCAGCAACAACAGCAAUACGAAAUUCGAUGAUAGCCCCUCUCGGCUGCCUCUUUCAAUUCAUACAAGGUCUGCCAGUACGCUGAGCAAAGAUGGACAAGGUGCAGAUUCUAGUUCGCAGCCUCCAACAAGCCCGGCUGUUUCAAGAACCAUGGAUCCCAGGCGGUGGAGUCCUACCAAAGCCUCAUGGCUAGAAAGUGCCCUGAACCGGCCUGAUUCCCCGAAACAUAAGAAGCAGCCUUCCCAGACAGCGCCCUGGGUGAGAGAACGACAAUCGAGGGGCAGUGUCGAUUUAGGUCGGGCGAAUAGCUUCAAAGAAGUCACUCCCGUGGGUCUCAUGCGAACCACCGCCCCAGGAAGUCACUUCAAGAAGUCGAGCAUCUCUGGGAUCCCGGAUAUACUGGGCAACCUGGAUACGACAAAAGGAAAAGAUUUCGUACCGGAGCCAAUUCCCGAUGUCAAAGAAGGCGAGCCAGUGCCCGCGGACAAGACUGCAGAUGCACCUUCUGUCACAGAAAAAGGUCCACAACAAGAACCAGAGCCCGAGGCUACGGAAGAGACCGCUGCAGAAACACCUGCAGAAGCACCUGAAGAAAAGUCAACAGAAGCGCCCAUAGAAAGCCCUGUAGAAAAGUCAGCAGAAGCACCCACCGAAAAACCCGCUGAAACUAAGACAGAGGGACCGGCAAACCCUAAGCUUUCGCCUCUUUCAGUAUCCACCAAGCUGAAUCCUACUCCUCCUUCCACGCUGUCUCCUCGCGAACCUCUUUCACCGAGGCCGAAGCCACAAUCGCCUGUUGUGGAUUUCCGUGGAAAUCUCCGGCGGCGAGAAGUUGUCAAAGACAAUGCACCAAAAGCAGAGCCUGAGUUCAAAAAUGUAUUCGGAAAACUCAAAAAGACGGAGAAGGUUAAACAUGAGGCUCCCGAUGAACUCAAGGAUAAUAUCCUGAGAGGAAAGGCGGCAUUGAAUGCAACUGGAGGCCCAAAAAAGUCGGAAAGAGUGGACGAACUCAAAGAUAGCAUCUUGAAACAGAAAGAGGCAAUCAAAUUUAGUGGAGGCUCGUUGAGACGCAAUACAGUUGGGGAUAACGACGCUCCUGAAAAGUCCAUUCCAGAAGCUAUCGCAAAACGAAACAACAUGACCAAGUCUGGCAGUGUCAAGAGUGACCUUUCUGCCGAUGCACAAUCAUCGCCAUCCCCGAAAGAGCCUGCUACACCAAGCUUUGUACAGGAACAACCGACGUCUCCCUUUGCUAUUUCGGAUGAUGCAGGCGUUGGAAAUACCGAGAGCCAACAGCCCGCGCCAAUUGCAAACAAGCCUGACCCAGAAGAGUCCCAAUACGAGAUAACGGACUUUGAGAUCCCACAAGCCGCGCCCCAGACGAACGAUUCCGAUCCAGAAGAGCCCCAGGAAGGGAUAGCGGAUACAGCCCCCCUCGAAACCACGACCGAAGAAGCCAAGGGUGAUGAUUCGGAGGAAAAACUGAAAAAUGAUGACUCUGAAGCGAAGAAGGAGGAUGUCAGUGAGGAGACCAUCAAACCGGUGCGUGAAUUGCCAUCGGGGACUGUCGCGGAAGUUGCAAAAGCGCCUCCUGCGGCUGAAGGUCUCGCUACUAAAGGUAAACUUGCAGGCCGAAUAAACCCUGCCUUAGCCGGCCUUUUGUCUCGUGGACCACCAGUUGCAAGUGACGAGCCGAAGAAAGCACUUUCUACGAAUACCUUUGGAGAAGGUAGCUUGAACUCGUCUGAUCGCACGCCCGCCGCGCCACUCACGCAUAUGACAAAAGGUCGCGCAAGAGGCCCUAAAAGGCGUCUGCCAAACACUGCUCCCGCCGAGGCCACUCCGAAACCUGUUUCUCCAUCGGUCUCAUCGAUCGCGUCUUUUGAUGAACAGGGCUCAGAAGCUAGCAUUUCGCCCGUCGAGCAUACUAUUGUCGAAUCCAGUAACUGGCCCCUUCCCGAGGACCAAGGCCCACCGCCAAGUACAGAACCAGUCCAAACGCCCUUUCAAUCAUCUGUCUCCAGCAAGGUGGAGCUGAGGAGAAGCAUUCAAAGCAACAUCUCAAAUGAAUCCGAAAAGCCAAAUGACCAAAUCCCAGAACCAGUCCAAGCGACCUUUCGAUCAUCUGUCUCCAGCAAGCCAGUGGAGCUGAGGAGAAGCGUUCAGAGCAGCAUCUCAAACGAAUCCGAGCAAAAGCCAAAUGACCAAAUCCCAAAGCCAGUACGAACGCCCUUUCGAUCGUCCGUCUCUAGCAAGUCAGUGGAUUCUAGGAGAAGCAUUCAAAGCAGCAUCUCAAAUGAAUAUAGUCGAGGUCAAAAUCAAGAUGACCAAGGUCCAGAACCAGUUCAAAACCCCCUCAGGUCAUCUGUCUCUGGCAAGUCAGUGGAAUCUAUGCGAAGCGUUCAAAGCAGCAUCUCAAAGAAAUCUGAGCAAAAUUUAAACGACCAAAGCCCGGAACCAGUUCAAAGCCCCCUCAGAUCAUCUGUCUCCGGCAAGCCAGUGGAGUUGAGAAAAAGCAUUCCAAGUGAACCAAGCCCACCGCCAGCUGCAGACCCAGUUCAAACCCCCGUCAGGUCAUCCAUCUCCAGGAAGCCAGCGGAGCUGAGGAGAAGCAUCCCAAAUGAACCCGAGCAAAAGCCAAAUGACCAAGGUCCACCGCCAAUUACAGAACCAGUUCAAACACCCCUUAGGUCGUCUGUCUCUAGUAAGCCAGUGGAACCGAGGGAAAGCAUACAAAGCAAUAUCCCAAAGGAGCCUGAACAGAAACCAAUCAAUGACACCCCCAAAUCUACCGAUGGCUUGAACAAGCUUCCUCUUCGGAGCUCAGAGCUUGCUUACGAAGACAUUGAGAACUUGGGGGAUUCGCCUUCGAACAAACCGGCAGUGCCACCAAAACCAGCUCCAUCGCCACUGACUCCCAUGUCUGGUCGAAGCUCUCAAGUUCAAUACUCAUCACCAUCUCCGUCGCCUCUCAGGACAAGCCUCAGAGAAAACAAGAUGGAUUCGCCUACAACUCCUAGAAGUGUUAUUAACUUUGUCACUGGUGGGAUCAGAGACAUGUCUUCCCGAAACAAGGCCUUGCCAUCUCCUCCUGUUGCCUCUAGACGGUCUGAUAUCUCGCUUGACCAGCAAUUCUCAUCACCAAGGUCUUCGGCGUCAUUGGUCCCGCAGGCUGAUGAAACCAUGGAGGUUAUCUCUAACUUUUUCAAGCCGUUCCCUCACUCAAGCGACCGGGUUGAUAUUGACCCUCAAUUGAUGUUGACGAGCAAGGGAAAUGACCUCAAGAUCAGAACAUUGAGGAAGCAGAUUUGGGAGAUUACGAGCGACGGCAAAAGACAAGAUCUUCCCAUUAACCAGGAGUAUAUUCUUUACGAAGGAAGCAUGUACCUCUGCAUCCACAUGUUUGAAUUGGACGGUGGCACCCGGUCUGAGGCUCAUCUUUGGUGCGGUGACGACGUUCAGGACUCAUCUUUAGAUGAUGCCCAAGUUUUCGCCCGAAAGGCUGCAAAGGACAAUGGAUGUAAACUUGAGAUCAUCAAGCAGGGCAAAGAGCCAGCCCAGUUUAUCCAAGCUCUAGGCGGCAUUCUCAUCACUCGCCGGGGCUCUAACUCCCGCUCCAGCUCAUCCGCCCUAUAUAUGCUCUGCGGAAGGAAGCAUUUGAAACAGAUGGUGUUUGAUGAGGUAGACUUCUCCCGAAGCAACCUCUGCUCUGGCUAUCCGUUCGUGAUCUCGGCUAUGUUUGGCAACCUAUAUCUCUGGAAAGGAAAAGGAAGCUCCGCAGAAGAGAUUGGCGCUGCUCGACUUAUUGGAAUGGACCUUGGUCUGACUGGUGAAAUCGAGGAGAUUGCGGAAGGAGAAGAGCCCGAGACGUUUUCUGAAAUCUUUCCCGACUUCAGAGAUACCGGGGAUUAUAUGCGCUCAGAUUACUGGCAGCGCAAGCCCAACCAUGACCACUUCCGCACCAGGUUACUCCGAGUGGACCACGGGCUAGGACAACGGUCCGGGUUCUGGAUUCGACGACCAGGUUCAUCAUCCCCUGUAAUCCGGCCAAAUGACACAGUACAGGAAGUUGAACCUUACUGCCAUAAGGAUCUCGCAGCCAAGGGGAUCUACAUCCUUGACACCUUCUUUGAAAUCUAUGUGAUCGUUGGUGAGCAAGCUUCGAACCGACCCGCAGAGUUCGCAUCAGCCGUGGUGUUUGCGCACGAGUACGGCAUCCUUGCCGCUUCUCUCCAGGAUCGACCCUUUAUUCCCAAGAGCUUUGUCUCUAUCGGUGGGAUUCCGGAUGCGUGCCGGAGUGCGUUUCGCAAGUGGGACAAGCGUUCCUGGCAGACGCCUCCCCAGGUGUUCCCCCUGAAUGCCGCCAUUGAAGCCAUUCGAUCCUAA